UUGGCAGACAGAUGUGACUUUAUUAAGUAGCUUCACAACUUAAUUUAGCUUUUUUUUAAAAAAAAUCUUUCAAAGGAAAUCCUGUCCUCUGAACAAUGAAGAUCUUAGACCCCGGCUAACUCUUAGACACGCAAGCUCUUUGUGACUCCCUCCUCGCUCUCCUGAAGCAGAUGUUGAAGUUCUUUAGAAGGAUCUCCUGUGUUCACAGCCAGUGCCUGCCUGAGAACAGCUCCCAAAGAUCUUGUGCCUGAGCGGUGAGCCAUGCUGGGCCGGAAAACAAGACUCCCCCACGACCUGAACAGCCACCGCCAGCUGAACCAGUCCUACCAGGAGGCUGUGCCCCUGCGGACCAGACCAUCCAAGGAGACAGAUGUCAGUUUGGAGGUGUUCAGUGGCUCUACACCCGAAAUCAAACCCAGCCGCUCCAGAGCCCAGCAGACGCGGGACAGGAAAGGCCGCAAAGCCGACGUCAAAGACUCCAACGGGAGAGAGGCAGAAACAAUCACCUUUAUUUCUGGUACAGCAGAGGCUCCCCCAAACCAGAGCUUCUGCUGUUCCUCUCUGUCUCAGGCCUGGAACACGUACAAGGCUGUUUUCUGUUGUAUAGUGACCUGUGGGGGCUGCUUUCAGGACUGCAGUGUCUGUAUCCCCUACCCGGGGCCCCCUGAGACCUCCACCGAUGAUGGAAAGAACGGAGAUUAUAACGGGCGACUGCCAAACAGCCCUGCCAACGUCUCUCCCACUGAGAAGAAUGGGAACCAGAUCAAAAAAUCCAGCAUGGGCAGCAGUUUCAGUUACCCAGAUGUGAAACUGAAGGGCAUUCCUGUCUAUCAAAACAGGAGCCCCAGCCACCACCUGGAAUCGGAUUCGUGCUGCAAAGAGCUGCUGCCGGAGAAACCCUUCAGGAACAGCAUAGAAAAGCCACCACUCCCCAGCAGCCACCGGAGUUCAGAGGAGUAUUAUUCCUUCCACGAAUCUGACCUGGACAUCAGCGAGCUGAACGGCUCCAUGUCCAGCAGGGAGAUCGACGUCCUGAUCUUCAAGAAGCUGACGGAGCUCUUCAGCGUCCACCAGAUCGACGAGCUGGCUAAAUGCACGUCAGACACUGUCUUCCUGGAGAAGACUAACAAGAUCUCGGACCUCAUCAAUAGCAUAACUCAGGACUACAACCUGGACGAGCAGGAUGCCGAAUGCAGGCUGGUCCGAGGCAUCAUACGCAUCAGCACCCGGAAAAGCAGGGUCCGACCCCAUAUUUCUGUCCCAGCCAGCCAGAGCCACGAGGAGAAAUCCAGCAGAGGCAACGCACCGGACAGCGGGAACGAGACGAUGCUGGAGUCCAUGGUCAUCAGCCAGGACGAUCUGGCCGUGCAAAUCUCAGAAGAAACCCCAGCAGAUGUGAUAGCCAGGAAUAUGAGGCGGCACAGCAGCGCAGGCUCUCCAACGAGCAGAGAUUCUUCUUUCCAAGACACAGAGACUGACUCAUCUGGGGCACCUCUGCUUCAGGUGUAUUGUUAAGGAAAAGGACCCGAGCAGCGGGCGGGCGUUUGGAGGCUUUGCUGCAAUCAGAUUUCUCCUCUUGCAAUACGGAGCGUGCUAUGCCAUUUUUAUUUCCUCCCCCCUUCCAAGUCUGCCCUGAUCCCACUUUGAAGCCGAAUUUCUCCUGCUGUCUGAAUUUCACUGGAUUUUUAAUUUUUUUUUUUUAUUAUAUUUUUUUUGGACAAUAUAGAACAUCAAGGAAGUGAACUGUGGAGCUGAUGAAUUUGGGAGGUGGAGUGUGUGCCCAGGGAGGAGAAGAUGGACAAGGAAGUCACACAAUAACUUGUGCCUCUGUGAUUUCCAUAGUUCACAUUUAGCUUCAACAACCUCAGGGGCCCAGCCCUUUCCCUUUUUUGAGGAUCUGUUGUACAGCUCUUGCUUUCUGGCAUUCCAUAAGUUAACUGGGGUGGGGAAUAACUGGAUGGUGUCUCUGGGUUUGUGCUGAUGCUGAGGUGAGAGCAGCUGCUCUCUGGGGACCCAAAUCUCUAUUUAAAGUGGUUGGGUUGGUCCCCAAAAAGGUAAGUCCUCUCUCCCUGAGGUUUGCAGUAGCCAGAUCUUAGUGGUGUCCCCUCCUGCUGCUGUGUAAGGAGAAGGUUGAGGUGAAGUGAUUCAUUUAAUCUUUGACCUCUUGGCAUGUCUCCUGAGAUAGAGCUAAUUGCAGAGGGGUGGGAUGUCUGGACAGAUGUGCCACUCAUCACCAGAACAGACCCUGGGGAUCAGCUUCGUGGUCACCGUGAGCUGUGGGCAGGGAUGUUACUGGUUGCACGUGAUGACCUGUGAUUUGUGUGCCAGGGAGCUCUUCCUCCCUCAUCUGCCAAGCCCUCUGCAUCUCCCCAUCACACUGGCUGCUGGGGCCAGCCCUGAACUCGGGUGAUGCCAGGUGAAGGAACCAGCCAGUUCAUUUUUUAGGUUCUAGUAAUUAAGAAUUGAGCGGUUUCGAGGGAUUUUCUAGAAGAAUAAUCCCAAGUGCCUUGCUUUGAAAGGAAAACCUCCCCUGAGAGCUUCCCUGGGAGGAACUGCUUGGUCCUGCCUUCCUCCUGGGUGCCUUCUCCUUCCCUUUGCUCCUCUCUAACAGCGGGGCAGAGGCAGGAGAUGUGGAAUCUCUGCCCCCAGGGCACGGUGCCAGGCGACCUUGAGGGCUGCGGGGCUGCAGCGGGAGGAAGCUGUCUCUUGCUGGUGUUGCCACUGGGUUGUUUAUCAGAAAGCAAACAAGGUGAAGCCAUGGGACUUGUUUAUCCAUUCGGGUGCCCUUGGACGUGAAUAGAAAAGGUUUAGUUGAAUUUACCAGCUGUAGAAUAAACACGCCCACUGUUUUUUGCAGGGGGAGAGGGGGAAACCAAAAUAGGCCCCGUGCUUUGGUGUGGACUGUGUUUAUGUGCCUUAAUUGGACUGAGAUGUACCUAAUUGGACUGCAAUGUGCCUUAAUUCAACUGAAAUGUGCCUUAAUUCAACUGAAAUGUGCCUUAAUUCAACUGAAAUGUGCCUUAAUUCAACUGAAAUGUGCCUUUAUUUCGUAGCCUGUGAUUACUCUUCAAAAGGUUGGGUAGGGGGGAAGGAUGGAAUUCCUCCCAUGAGCAGUCAGGCUUACUUAAACCAGCCCAAAUCCCUUUGCAAUGUACAGUUGAUGUCCCUUUUUAGAGCCUCUUUUUGUAAAGUGCUUGCAUUUCAGAGCUUUCAUAAAUCAUGGACAUUACUGAGACUACACCUUGAGACACUGAUGGAGGGCAAUUUUGAAAAUAAAGAGGAGAGACCGUGACGUGGAUUUGCCUUCCCCUCCUUGCUUUGUUUUUUGGUUUUUUAAAGCUGUCGGUUGGUGAAAUUGGUGAAAAAAUCCCAUUUAUGCAAGGAAGAGACUUGAAGCAAGGCCAGCCCGGGACUCCCGGAGGAGUUCCCCUCCUUCCUGAAUGUCACCACCAUCCGAUGGGCCUGUCUGGCUUCCUGCUUCCCAAUGGAUUUGUACAGAAUGAUAUUUGGACAAGUUUACUUAAAGCUGUGCACUGAGGCGUCGGCGUGGGUCGCGCUGACACGGAGCUCCGCGCUCUGGACGCCGGAGCUUUUGGAGACGAGGGGCGGAAGAGCUGCCGAUGGCUGUUGCAGAUGCAAUAGGACAUUAUUUUUUUUAUGUUUAGUCUGUGUACCAAGAGUGAAUGUGUAUGGAUUAAGCUUGCAAAACCCCCCCAAAAAAACCCCAAAAAACUCACUAAGAGGAAGACUGUCAACUCGACGGUUGCUGAAGCUGGUUCACCUGUGGUGUCUUACGGGAUUCUUUUGCACUCCUUGGCCUUAAAUGUC